AUGGCGAACGAGAGCUCCUGCGGCGCGAACUCAAGCAACGUGACGAACGGGUCGGCCGGCCCGCCCGACGACGCGGGCCCGACGGACAACACUGGCGACGGGGACGGAUACGACGAGCACGGCAACGACGAGUUCCCCGGCGUCUUCAUCCUCGGCGACCCCGUCAGGCGAGCAGGCCGUUUUCUCUUCGGGCCAAGCUGGGACACCUUCAUCUUGGGCGGGCGGAUUGCUUUCGGCGUGGUGCUCGUCCUUUUGUGCUUGACAAUGUGUGUGUGGCUGAUGGAGCUCAUCCAGCGGGCAUGCGCCCCACUCCGUGCAGUGGCCGGUUUCCUCAGGGGCGUGUGCUGCCGCAAGGGCCAGCGUACUAUACCCGUGACCACGGCCGACCAGAUCAACCGUGACCCGCAGCAGGUUCAGCUCUACGGCCCGGGUCUGGAGAAGGAGCCCCCGACGAACUUCUACCGUGACCUGAAGACCGCCCUCCGCGCGGGCAACCCCCGCCACGUGGUCUUCUCCGUGGACGGCCAGGUGGCGCGCGUCCCGCUCAAGUGGAGCGACGCGCGGACGAAUGCCCACGGCCUGAUCAUCGACUACGACACCGUCUACGGGGCCACCUCACGGCGACUGAGGAAGGACCUGGAGAGGGCGGCCACCAAGAGGCUCCACCUCUGCCGCAAGGUGGGCCCCUGCCAGGAGUGCGAACCGUUGAAGGCCCACCUGCAGUCCUACGCGGUGGUCGCGGCCGACGCGGUGGUCGACCUCGACGACCUCGCCGAGCACACUCCGCUCGGCUGGUGCUGCGUCCGCACCUCGCGGGGCAUCCGUGGGAUCCCAGGCUGCGCCUGGGGCCUCGUCCGAGGCGCCGGCGGCCUCUGCUGCCUCCCCUGCUGCUGCUGCCCGCGCCGCAGGCGCAAGCCCACGACGCCCGCGGAGGAGGGCCCCAAGCCGCGCGACGAGUCGGACACCGAGGACGAGGGCAUCCCCUGCAUGGCUCAUCGGGUGGGCUGGCGGCACGCCGAGACGGGCCGGGUCACGCUGCUGGCCCCGCGGGUGCAGUGUGGCGACAAGGCGCUCGAGGAGAACACCACGCUCCUCACUGACGACGCCCGCGUCAGCCCCCUGACCGCCGGGACGCAGCAGGAGCAGGCCCCUCUCUGUGCCCACCACGCCGCUUUGUACCAGGGGAUGCGGCGUGCGCAAGGCUGCGCCAAGGCCAAGUGCAACUCCCUGGGCUACGCACGGCGCGACGGCAUCAUGCUGUGCAGGCCGCACUACGACGAGAGCCAGCAGGAGAAGCGCCGGGAGGCGCAGGCCCUCCAGGAGGCACGCGACGCAGCCCUUUCCACCACCUUGGCCCACGCUGGGCCCCAGGGCACGCCGCCCCAGCCGCCGCCGCCUCAGCACGAGGGAGCAGCUCCGGGGCCCCCCUCGCCCCGUCCCCCGCAGCCCCCUCACGGUGAGGCCCCUCGGGGGGGCGGGAGCCAGUCGAACCCCCGGCUCUCCAUCGCCGACCUCGUCUCCCGCCUCGACGGCGCCGACGGGGCCCCCACCAGCGCGGUGCCCUCCCCGCCGAGCGGGAUGGAGUGCCUGCGGGAGUACCUCCGCGACCGCGAGCUCCACCCCGAAGAGGGAGACGCAGGCGCCCAGGAGAGGCUCCUCAACCGGUACGACUGGGACCAGACCCAGGACGUGCUGAAGGUGCUGCUGCGAGGUGCUGCGGAGUACGAACGAGAUGGGGGGCGCGGUCUGCGCACGCUCGAGGGCGAGUGGCGCAGCCAGCUCCGCCGACUGCGCGACGGCUACCAGGAGGCGGUGCGCCCCACCUUGGCUCCGCUCGCACCGCAGGCCCCCCCGGGCCUCACAGCGAGCAUCGCCCACCCCUUCGGUGGUGGCGCCCCCACCUGGGGCGUAGGCCCCGCGCCUGCGACGAGCCCUGCCGCCCCGCGGCCCCUGCUGCCGCCUGGCGCCCCCGCCGCCUCUGCGCCGCUGCCCUCCCUGGUCGGGCGUGGCAGGACCGACCUCUACCACAACCUGGUGGGCCCCAUCCUGGCCGACGGCACGCGGCACGCCCCCCCGGGCGAGCGACGCGCUGGGGUCGGAGGGGAGAUCGGCCCCACCGGCGACAGCGAGAUGGCAGCCGCCCUCAAGGACAUCGGACUCGGCAUCGAGAGCCUCGUCAAGCACAACAGUGAGUCCAAGAGCUCCAAGGGCACGCCGCAGGGCUUAGGACGAGAGGAGACGGCCCUCGUCUUCCUCGCGCGGGCCUGCAACCGCUUCAACGUCCAGGUCUGCCCCUCCUACACAGGCACGUCCCUCUACCAGGCCAUCAAGGAGGCCUUCGUCACAUCGAAGGGCGAGCUCUCGGGCCUCGGUUGGCCCACCUGCGUCACAUCACGCCUCGCCCUCGGACUCGCGGGCCUGUACUUCGGCGCACGGGACCAGCACUCACUUCUACCACACUACUUGAGCGUGGCGGACUUCCCUAAGCACUCCCAGGAGGAGCACGACAACCACCUCCUUCGGAUAUCAGGCAAGGAGUGGCUACGCAAGGAGCAGCUCGAGUUCAUGGCCCUCACGCCAGACAGUGACGGCAACCCUCUCCUGCGCAUGCCGACUUGUUUCAAGCUCGACCUGGAGGACGCCUGGUUCAGGAAGACCAUCUUGCCACACCUGGAGCGGCAGCACAGCCGGACACUCUGGCGACUCACGCACAAGGCCCUGAAGGCACCAGGAGAUGCUCGAGGCGCAGGUGCCGAACCAGGAGCCGAGGGGAGCCCCCGCAGGGCUUACCCCGCGGGCAAGCGCCUGCCACCCCGGGAGGCCGCCGAGUCGGUCACCCACGCACCCAUCGAUGAGGUAGCCAAGAAGCCCUACUGCUGGGGCGCAGCCACGCACUGUGGCUGCCAGCGGACAGCUGCCGAGUGCGGCCACUCGCACCGCCCUUUCAAGGGCACCCUCCAGCAGCAGCAUUGGACAGUGCAGGCCCAGCUGAUACGCCGCGGGGGCUUGAAGGGUGACAAGCCCAUCCCCCCGACCGAGGUCGACGGCCGCAUCAAGCAGCUUCGGGAAGCCGCUCGCGAGGAGGCAGCCCAGAAGGUCCGUGAAGGGGUGGCCCGCCGAGGGCAGGCAGGCCGUGGCGCCGGCGACGCCUCAGGGGCCCCCCCGCGGAGCAUCAGGUGGGCUCCCCCGGAGGAGCUCGUCAGCUUCGCCCCCACAGCAGCCGAGAACGAGCUCACGGAGACCUUGCGCGGCCCGGACUACAACUGGGAGCGCGACGUCGACCCCCCCGGGCCUGACACCGCGAGAGCCGUCGAGGACACCACCGCCGAGUCCCCCGAGGACGUUGGAAGGAGGCGCGAGCAGAUCGCGAAGAUCGCCUCGCUCCCCGAGGUAGGUCCGCUCGAGCAGUGCAGCCAUCACCUCCAGUCCUACGUCAAGGGGCGCCUCCUCCAUAGCUCGCUCAGGGGCGAGGACAUCACCGUCGAAGGCGUGCUGGACGAGCUCGUCCGCGGAGGCCCCGCCGCGCUCGCCGAGGAGGCGGGCGACUACCUGGAUCAGCUUCGGCGCGCAGGGGGGGCCCACCUUGGACCCGGCUCGGGCUACGCCGAGGUUCUGCAGCCCACCUGGCCCGCGGACGGCGGCUGCGGGAUCGGUAAGCUCCUCGUGGCCGGCCUCGCGCUGGAGACGGCAGACUACCGCGACUCCAUCCACGUGUCGCCUGGCCUCCGCGAGGCCCUCCAGCUCGGCGACCAGGAGCUGGAGGAGCGCCAGUGCAUGGUCAUCCACAUCGCAGCCGGCCUCCUCGACAUCGAGGCCACGAGAGGGGACGCCCAGGCGCCCGACGCCGCCUGGCCCCCUCCCACCACGGACACGCUUGCUCUCGCAGCCGACCUGAGGGAGGAGCUCUGGGCAGGGGCCUCCGAGGCCACCCGCGCCCUGGGCGAGACCCCAGAGAAGCUUGACAGAGCCGAACGUGAGGUGCGGGGCUACAUACACGACGUACUCCACCCUCAUCAUAAUAAGGACUAUCGUUCGCUUUGUGCGUUCCCGCUCGAGCCCCUCAGCAACGUGAUCCCCAAUUUCAUUCGGGUCGACUCCCUGGGGCGCGUCAACUUCGAGAGCGUGUCAGGAGCAGCGGCCAGCCCAGAGUCACCGAACUGCUGGUUGCUCAUCCACCGACGGCACAUGCGGCUCAUCAAGCUCGGGCCCGACAUCGACCGAGCCACACUGUUGGCGGACUUUGCCCAGCAUGCCAGCACCUGGGGGGGCAGCCCGCCGACCGACUACGUGGCCAUGGGCUGGGAGGUUCUCCUCGACCAGGCGAAGGAGUGGGCGCCCGAAGCGUUCACCCCCCAGCCCAGGACCUGCCUUUGCUGCAAGUACAUCAAGAACAGGCAAGGAGACGGAGCACGUGUCGCCGGGGACGUGGCCCCCCUGGAGCCCCUCAACGACGACUACACCUUCCUGACAAUCGCCGGCUGGGGCCUCCAGGCUUGGAGCCCCUACUGCAGAAAGGAGCACCCUAUCCCCGAGUCCGUCACCGUCUACCCCUGGCCGUUCGUCGAGAACCUCACCCAGGGCAUCCUGGCGGGCGUCUUACCAGGAGGCUUGCGCACCUCAGGGUGCGAGACUACCGAUGAACCGAGGCCGCCCGACGACAGUGCGAGGCGCGUGGGCGACUCGGGGGAGGCCAGGGCGCUGAUCAGGCGCUUCGCCCUCGCCUACGUCGCCUAUGCCAAGGCCCAGCCGACAGGCACGGUGGACGCUUGGAGGGGAGCCGCCGCUCGAGGCGAGGCACUGGUGGAGCUGGCGGGCAGCGUGGAGGAGGGCGCCCGCGCCCUCUUCAAGGCUAGGAGCGACCUGGGCCUGGACAACCUGAAGGGCAUCUUCGACUCGGACCUGGACCGCCACCUGGCCCCGGACGCGCUGCUGUACUUGCGGGACCAGGCCGGGCACGGCGUGGCCGCGAGGGACACGGGCAUCAAGGUGAGAGAGGAGUGCAAGCCACAUCAGAGCGCAGCUGACGUCUUGGACCAGUGCUACGAGGGCUCCUGGAAGGACGUCCACGCCGCCCGUGUCCUCGUCCUCCCCAGGCGCCGACGCGACCUCCUGCAGGGGGUCCGCUCCUCACCGCAAGGAGCGGUCCCCAAGCAGAACCCGGACAGGACGCUCUCCCUAGAGAAGAGGCUCAUCCAUGACCAGAGGCGCGUCAACGAGACCACGGACAAAACAUGGCAUCCUCCCGCGGCACAACCGUUCCAUCGACAGCUCGCCAGGUUGAUCGUCUGGUGGUCAGUGAAGCUACCGCGUAUCCCCAUACUCCUAUCGAAGCUGGACGUCAAGGGGGCCUUCAAGCUGCUCUGGGUCGACCCCCAGGACGUCGGCACCUUCGCCACUGACCUCCCUUGGCACCCGGAGGCCUGCUCGGCGCCCAGGGGCCCUGAGGAGGCCCCCGCACCGCAGACGACCGACCCGGACACGCAGCUCGACCAGCAGCACGCACCGGGGAACUCGGCUUGGGAGGGGCCCUUCAAGUUCCAGUCGUACAUUCUCAUGGACGACCUUGUCUUGGUCGAGCCCGCCCUUGGCAUGCGCCCCUGGACGUCCAGAUCGCUGGCCGAGAAAACCAUCGAGAAGCUGCUGGGUCCAGCCGCCGUCAACCAAGACAAGAAGCACCAGGAAGGCUACUUCUCGACGAACAAGAUCGUUUGGGGACUGGAGUACCGCACCGACGAGAUGCAGGUGGCCAUCCCCGAACCGCGGUUGUUGAAGGGCGCCUACCUACUUAGCGACACGUGCUACGACAGCGGCUACAAGGGCGCGAGGCUCCGCGACAUGCAGGUGUUGAGAGGCACGGGCACCAGCUGGAUGGCGGCCAUGCCGGCGCUGGCGACCGAGCUGAGAGCAGUGGACGCCUUCCUUACGCCGCAGGCCGACGGGAUUCUGAGGCCCAAGGUCGAGCCGGGGGCGGAGGAAGCAGCAUGGCAGGACCUGUGGGACACCUGCGAGCUACUACGACUCCUCCUCGCCCGGCCCGAGGUAUGGGGGGAGCGCUUCACCGUCUCCAUGUACACUCUCCUGGACGUGCGCGAGCGCCUCGCGCUGCCCGGCGAAGCAGCCAAGGUCGUCUGGGUCACCACCGACGCCACCACGUCCGUUGCCUUCGGCGCCGACUGGACCGAGAAGAUCUACCUGCGGCAGGACCUCAAGGACUACAAGGGCAUGCUCGGCGAGGCCCUCGGCGACUCCGACGACAGCACUGUCGAGAUCGCUCUCGGCGAGGCCAUGGCCUACAUCGUCCUAGCCGGGCGUCAGGGACCAUCGGUGCUCCGCUUGCUUGGCGGCGACGCCGAAGACGGCCGGAUCGCCCUCCAGCUCCGUGAGGCCCGCCUGAAGAGGAGGUUCAGAGAGGUCCCCCUCGCCACGGCCCCGGGGAGGGCCCUCGAGUGGGGCCUAGGAGCAGGUUUCUUCUCCAAGAUCUGGACGGGCCUGGGGGGCACGGCGCACACCGCGCCCAUCGGCGAGGACCCAGACCCCAGCGCGGGCCCCGUCUGGGCGAUCCUGGCGACGCUAGGCCCAGACCCCACGGGGCGCAGCGCCUGCAAGGCGGCCAGGCAGGCCGCCCGCCUGGGCGCCCAGCGGAUCGCCCUCGACGCCCCGCGGCAGCUGCCUCUGGGCGAGGCCGCUCGCAGUCUGCAGGAGCAGGGCUUCACGGUGAGCACCGAGGACCUCCUCGCGACCGAGGUCGGGGAGCUGGUGGCGCGCCGCCGUGCCCUCCUGUUGGGCACGAGGCACGUGGGCGACGAGCAGCAGGCAUGGACGUUCGACACCCUCGACCUCAGGCGCCCGAUUGCGCCCGCGGUCGGCCCCGUGCUGCAGCCCCCGAGCGCGCUGCCGCCCGACGCAUGGCUGCUCCACGCCCGCUUCGAGGCCGACCCCCGCAUGCGGAGGGCGGAGGACCGGCUCCUCCCAGUGGGCGUCGGCCACCUCUGGUCGGACAAGGGACGCGAGGUGGUCUACAGCACGGGCGGACCCCUCCCGACCAUCCAGGCCGACUGGACGACACACCCACCGCCCCUGAUCCGGGACUUCAAGGGCCCGGGGCACGGGGUCAGGCGCGUCACGCUGGAGGAGAGCUGGCUUGCCGUGGGUGGCACCCUAGAGGACUUCCCCACGCCCCAGGACGACGCCACGGCCGCACAUGUCACGAGGCUCAUCGCGGGCGACACGGGGGCUCGACUCGCCGGCGCCAUCGCCCUCUGGGCGGGAGCUGCCCUUGACUGGGAAGCGAGCGCAGGCGCUUGCUUCGACCUCGACGCGCAGGCCAAGGAGCCGGGCCUCGUCUGGCAGGACAUGGGCGGCACCCAGGACGAGCACGACGCCGCUCGCGCUGCGGGGGCGUCAACACUGCCCGAGAUCGCCAGGCCCCCUCGCAAGCAGAAGAUGCCCCAGCUGGGACUUGUCUCCAUUUCGGCCCCCGAGCACCUCGUCGACCUGGCGCCGGACGUCCCGGUGUUCGCAGAGGUCCAGGAGUGGGUCCACAAGAAGUUGGCCAGCGGGCUGGCGCACAGCACCCGCACCAGCUACGGCGAGGCCUGGUCCAAGUGGCUCUGGUGGUGCACCCGCAGGGGUAUCCCGCCGCUGUUCGAGGGCGACUCCAAGAGGCAGGUGACCGAGGACGAGGAGGAGCUCCUGCGCUUCAUCGGCUACCUGGGCUGGUUGGGCAAGGGCAACGGCACCAUCCUCAGCACCCUCUUUGCACUCCAGGGCGGCCACGUGCGGGCAGGAGGCGGCGACCCUCUCGUCGGGAAGAAGCGCAUCAAGGUCCUCAUCGACUCACUCCAGAAGGGCGGCCCGAAGGAGGAACGCAAGCUCGGCGUCACGCCGCGCAUGAUGAUCUGGCUGAAGAAGGAGCUUAGCCCCACCCCGCCGUGCCAGGGAGAGAGGGCCACGAGGGGACCUGACUUCGACUCGGUGGUGCUCCGGGGGGCCCUCUGCACGGGCUUCUUCUACCUCUGCCGCGCGAAGGAGAUCGUCGACAGCGGAGGCGUCGAUGAGCAGAUGUGCCUGCGCGGGGUCGAUGUGGCAUUCCACGACAAAGAAGGAGGUGCUGCAGCUCCUGGAGUAGGCUCGGCAGCCAAGGCCCUGAUCACUUUUCGCAAGACCAAGACGGACCAGCGGGCGUUCGGAGCAUGCAGGACUCACCACAGGGCCGAGGCGGAGGUCUGCCCG